AUAAACAUAUAGUGUAACUUAAAAAAUGUUAAACUUUUAUCAUUUGUCAACUUUUAAUCUUCCGAUCAUCUUUACAAAUUGUAUUGUGUAAAUUUUAGUUAAAUUUUGAUUGAAUACUGUUGGAGUUUUAACAUUCUCGUCGAUUCCAUUGACGGCGGUGAAAGCCUUGUCAAUAGCCAGUCGGAGGAGAGUAAGAAAGCUGCUAUUAAGUUGGCGUCAUUAAUGGCAGUGGCACAUGAUGGGCACUGCUACCAUUCUCUUCGUUUUCUCCAUCUUUUCUUCAUUGAAAUUACUGUUUCUCAUUUUGCCUUGUAUUACUUGCAUUCAAAAGAAUUAUGGCUGCAAUACUGGAAACCUUUCUUUCCCCGUUCAUUGAAAUCUGUAAGGACCCUUUUGUACACUAUGUUCUUCUCCCCAUCAAACGACGUAUCAGUUAUCCCUUCACCUUCAAGACCAAGGUUCGGAGCCUUCAUGAUUUGACUGCCAAAUUGAAGGACAAAAGAGACAGGUUGCAGGACUCCGUUGGCGACGCUGAAAGAAAUGGGGAAGUUGUCUACGAGAAUGUUCGAAACUGGCUGUCCCAUUCAGGAACAGCCAUUCAAGAGGCCCAGGUGCUCGUUAAUGCCGAACAUGAAGCAGCCAGGAUGAGAUGUUUCGCCGGAUUGUGUCCCAGUUUGAAGACUCGGUACCAGCUGAGCAAGAAAGCUGAGGAGAAAGCUUCCGCAAUUGAUCAGCUGGAUCAGCAGGAAGCGGGUCUUCAUCCAAUUUCCCACCGUCCCCGACGUCAGCAGCAUGUGGAUCCAUCUGUUUUUACCCUUGAAGCACUUGAAUCAAGGCUGUCCAUUCUGAAGCAAGUUAUGGAGGCUCUUAAGGAUCCUAAUCUCAACAGGGUUGGAGUGUGGGGAAUGGGCGGUGUGGGGAAAUCCACACUAGCAAAGGAGGUCCAUGGUCUCGCUUUGACAGAGAAGCUGUUCGAUGAUGUGGUUUUCGUUGCCGUAUCUGAAAAACCUGAACUUGGAGAAAUUCAAAAAAUAAUUGCUGGUGUCUUAGGUGUGAACUUCGACGUGGAGGAUAGACUUGUCCGUGCAAGUCAUCUGUUUGAGAGGAUCAAAGAUAAGAAGGUUCUUAUAAUUCUAGAUAAUAUCUGGAAGAAAAUUGAUUUACAUCAAAUAGGAUUACCGACCGGAGCUGAUGGCAAAGAGUGCAAAAUUUUGCUGACUUCAAGAGAGAAACGUGUAUUAGUAAAUGAGAUGGAUGCAGAAAAAGAAUUCAUGCUUCAAGUUCUAACUCAUGAAGAGGCUUGCAGUAUGUUUGCAAAGGUUGUGACUCAUGCUAAGGAUCUAGAAUUUGUUACUAUUGCCAUUGAAGUUGUCAAAAAAUGUGCAGGAAUGCCGCUUCUGAUUCAACUUGUUGCGGGGGACUUGCGGAAUAGUAAGGAGUUAGGAAUCUGGGAGGAGAAGUUGCAGCAACUAUCCGACUUUAAGGAUGAAGAAAUAGACUUGAAAGUGCACCAGUCCUUAAAGUCGAGCUACAAGAAACUGAUUGGUGAUGAAAUCAAAUCAUUUUUCUUGCUUUGUGCGCUGUGUGGUCAAUCCAACAUUCAAACAGAGUACUUGUUGAGAUGCAGUAUGGGUCUCGGUUUAUUUAAAGAGAGACCUACUGUCAAGGAUGCAAGGAAAAGAGUGUACAAGCUGAUCAACGACCUUCAAGAUUGUUGCUUGUUAAUGAAAGGUGACAUGUAUGGGUAUGUCAAAUUGCACGACAUCGUUCGAGAUGCUGCUCUCUCUAUUGCAUGCGGAGAGAAACAUGCAUUUACUUGUCGAAGUGGUGCUACAUUGACGGAAUUGCCGGAUAAGGAUUGCGCUAAAAUUUCUUUGCCCUUCUGUGAUUUCCAAGAAUUUUCUGGAUCUGAUUCGGAAAUUUUGAAGUUUGAAUGCCCAAAUGCAGAGCUGUUGCUGCUCCUUACUGAAGAUAUUUCUUUGAAAGUCUCUAAUUCAUUUUUCGAAGGAGUUACGAAACUCAAAGUGUUGGAUUUUACAGGAAUGCAUUUUGAUUGCCUUCCUUCAUCCAUCAAUUUCUUAACAAACAUGCAAACCUUGUGUUUACACCGUUGCCAUUUAGAUAAUUUAUCUAUCAUUGGAGAGCUUAGGCAACUAAAGAUCUUGAGUCUUGUUGACGCCUAUAUAGUAGAGCUGCCCAAGGAAAUAGAACAAUUAACUCGGCUCAAGAUUCUAGAUUUGAGCAAUUGCUCGAAACUGAAAGUUAUUCAUGCUUAUGUCUUAUCAAAGUUGACCAUGUUAGAAGAAUUGUAUUUGGGCAACGGCUUUAAAGAGUGGGAGGCCGAAGGUAACGCAAGCCUUCAAGAGUUGGAGCAUUUGUCUCGCCUGACAGUUCUGGAAAUGCAAGUUCUAGAUCACAAGAUGAUACCAAAGUCUCUCUUCUUUAGUUUUAAAGUGUUGGAAAACUACAGAAUAGUUAUAGGAGAUGUACGGAACUCGAGAAUGAAUGAACAAUCCGAAAGAACGCUGGAGCUCAAGUUCAAAACAAACAUUCAUUUUGAGCCCGGGGUACUAAAGUUGUUGAAGGAAGCUGAUGAUCUAUAUUUAGAUGAAGUGGGAGGAACUGAGAAUGUGUUGUAUGACCUUGAUGGGGAUGGCUUCCGGCAAUUGAAGUAUCUUCAUGUCCGGAAUGUUCCUGUGAUUCAACAUUUUGUCGAUUCAACAAAGCUGUCUUCAUGUCCGGCAUUUCCCAAUCUACAGUCAUUGUUUCUGAAUAAUCUGAUGAGCUUGGAGAACCUUUGUAAUGGUCGGCCAACAGCAGGGUCUUUCAGCAAAAUGAAAAUUUUAGAAGUUAGAGAUUGUAAGAGAUUAACAACUCUGUUUUUGUUAUCUUGCAGUAAGCAGGAAGAAAUUGUUAAUUUUGAGUUGACCCAGCUACGCUCCUUGACACUAAACGAUCUACCACGGCUCAGAAGCUUUUGCAACAAACAGUUAUCAGUUGAUGAUCCAGCAUUUCAGGAAGGUGUAUCAUCAGAGGCUGAGCCAUUGACACUUUUCAACAGACUGGUUUCUCUUCCUAACUUGGAGAAUCUUACUAUAACAUCAGUUUGUUGCAAAAAGAUAUGGCAAGACCACCUCUCCAUCACAUCUUCAAAUUUAACAACCUUGAUUGUUCAGAAGUGCCAGAAUUUGCAACAUUUAUUUACAACUUCAAUGGUUAAAAGUCUUUCACAGCUCAAACAAAUCGACAUACGAGAUUGUAAGCUCAUUGAAGAGAUAAUUGUCACAGAGGACUCUGUAGAUGAUGAAGAGGAGACGGCAAAGAUAUGUUUCCCUAAAUUGGAAAUCUUGAUGCUUGGAGAUCUUCGGAAGUUAAGGAGAUUCUGCACUGGGCAUCCAACUGACUUUCAGUCUCUUAAAGAAUUGUAUAUUUUCAACUGCACUGCUUUCACUACCUUCAUUGCCGGUACCCAACAAAUCAACUCAGAGGCAGACAAAUUCUCAAAAAAGAAGAAGAAGAAGAACUCUCUCUUUAAUGGAAUGGUUAUGUUUCCUAAGUUAGAGGUAUUGCAUCUUGAAUCCAUGGGUAACUUGGCAAACAUAUGGCACAGUCAGCUCAUGCCUAAUUCCUUCUCCAAGUUAAAAGCCUUGAAAAUUCGUCAUUGUCCAAGUCUAUUAAUGGUUUUUCCACCUGACGACUUGCCCCGAUUCCAUACACUGGAGGAGUUGAGGAUUGGGUAUUGUGAUUCACUGCAAGAAAUAUUUAAAUUCCAAGAGUCGAAUGCUGAAGAAGACACAGACGUUGUGGGAGAAUUUAAGCUGAGAGAAUUGCAAAUUACCGGCCUUGACAAACUGAAGAACAUAUGGAAUAAGGAUCCACCAACAGUUUUUACUUUUCAAGAACUACAUUCUGUGGCAAUUUAUGGCUGUGACGCGCUGAAAAAUAUCUUUCCAACGUCCAUAGCCACGUGCCUUUCUCAGCUUCAAAGUUUAUCAAUAGAAAGAUGCGGAGUAGAGGAAAUCGCAGCGAAAAGUGAAAGCGCAGGAUCAGACCUUUAUUUUAAGUUUCCUCAACUCACUUCUUUUAUACUUGAUCAGCUUCCGGAAUUAAAGAGUUUCUAUUCGGGGAGGCAUAGUGCCGAGUGGCCAAAGUUGAAAUAUUUGAGGUUAAUUGAAUGUGACAGCGCAAUCAUGUUUGGUUCAGAAGAAGAAGCACAUAGAGGAGGCAGCCAACGCAAUGUCUCUUUUCAACCCUUUUUUAUGUUUGAAAAGCUCAAUCAGAACUUGGAGCAAUUGACACUACACCACAAGGAUUUGCUGAGAAUACAGAUUGGUCAAUAUCCUGCCAACUGCUUUUCCAAAUUACAAGUACUUCGACUGCAAUCCUUAAGUCCCGAAUCAAGCAUCAUUCUGUUUGGUUUCCUCAAAACACUACACAGUCUGGAGGAACUUGUUGUUGACAAAGGUUCUUUAGAAGAGCUAUUCUCAGAUGAGGAUGCAGUUUAUGUUCCGCUAAAACAUUUGUUCAUAAUUAAUGCCCGUAAAUUAAAGCAUAUAUGGAAGCAAGACGCCAGAUUGAAACCAGUUACUCAAUACCUUGAGACUCUCACAAUUGAGAGUUGUGUUAGUUUAAGCAAAAUAGUGCAAUCAGCAUCAUCCUUCCGAAAUUUGGUGACUCUAAAAGUAAGUCUAUGUAGGAAGUUGGAAAGCUUGUUUACUAUGUCGACAACAAAAACUAUGGUAAACCUCACCGAAAUGAGCCUAGAUAACUGUGGUAUGAUGACUGAAGUGGUGGAAAACGAUGGAGAUGAGACACAGGAUGAGGUGGUUUUUAGCAAAUUGAAAAGUUUGCAAUUUCAAAGCUUACCUAGUCUCACCAGCUUUACCCCAGGGAAUCAAGCCUUUAGUUUCCCAUUGUUAGAAGAAGUAUUAGUUUACAAAUGCCCUCAGAUGGAGAUUUUCUCUACCGGAGUCUUGAGCACACCAAAGCUACGAUCAGUCAGAAAGUCUAAAAAUUCACAGGGUAAUCACUAUUGGGAGGGAAACCUUAACGCCACCAUCUCAUAUCUGUUUGUGGAGCGUCUCCUACCACAAGGGGUCGAAAAACGUAUCAAGGUGUCCGAGUUUCCGGCUCUAAAAGAGCAUUGGCAUGACAAGCACCUGUGGCGGCGCUUCCUCGAUGUAGAAUCUCUGACAGUGGAUGGGUGUGCAUCAUUGGCAAAAGCUCUAUCAGCCAAUCUGCUGCACUCAUUGAACAAGCUAACAACAUUGGAAGUAAGAGAGUGUGGAUCAAUAGAAGAAGUAUUCGACUUGGAAGGAAUGUCUAUAGUAAGAGCUGGGUUGCUGCCUCGAUUACGUGAAUUGCGCUUAAGCGACCUACCUAUGUUGAGAAGUUUAUGGAACGAGGAUCCUACAAAAAUUUUGAACUUGAGGAACCUUACAGUGAUCAAAGUGGAAAACUGUAACAGCUUGAAGUAUGCAUUUACUCAGACUGUGUCCUUGUUUCUUGUUAAACUCCAAGAGGUACAUCUGAAAAGUUGUCUCAUGAUGGAAGGAAUAAUCGAAAUGGAGGAACAAGUAGUGUCUGAGAUCAUUUGUCCUUCAUUGACGAAGAUUAGCAUACAUGACUGUCCAAAUCUGAAGAUAGAUUUUGGAAGGAAGAUAAGGCUGGGAAAGGAAGAGCUUGAUAUCGAAAAAAAUGCACCUGUUGACCGCCUUAAGGUACUUCCCAAUUUGGAAGAGUUGUCAUUAGACAGCAACUCCACCAGUAAUAUAGUAGACUGUGAAUUUAUUUCCAAAGUAAAAAUUGUGGAGCUGAUUUCUGUUUCAAGAAAAUCAUGUUUGUGUCUGAUUGAUUUUCUUCGAAGAUUGCCUAAUCUGGAAAAGCUUGCUGUCGGUAGUUCAUCUCUCGAAGAGUUAUUCUUUUUGGAAGGACAUGAUGGUGCCGUAAUUCUCCCACGAAUAAGUUACCAUCAUUAUGCUGCUUUCGAAAAUCUAACAACUCUAGAAGUACGAGAUUUGGAUAAAUUGAUGAGCCUCGUACCGCUACCCGUGGCCAAAAGUAUGGUGCAACUUGUGAGAUUGAGAGUAGAAUCUUGUGAUAUGAUGAUGGAAAUAGUGGAAAGUGAAGAAGACAAGACAACAGAUGAGAUUGUUUUCAGUAAAUUAAGAAACAUAGAACUUGAAGAUUUACAUAGCCUGAGUAGCUUCUGUCCUGGCAGUUACAACUUUAAUUUUCCAUCUCUGGAAAAAGUGAUUGUAUUAGGUUGCCCCAAUAUGAGGAUUUUCUGUCCAGGAGUCUUGAGAACGCCAAAGCUGCAUUGUGUCAAAUUCCCAAAUUGUAAAUUCAAAUGUGAAAAUUAUGGCGAUCUCAAUGCCACAAUUCAGGCAUCACACUUGCAAUUGGUUGGAUUUCAUGGACUCAAGGAGUUGAAACUCUCUAAAUUUCCCAUCUUAAAAGAGAACUGGCACGGUCCAUCUCCGUGCAAGCACUUGAAUAAAAUAGAAAAGUUGGUGGUAGAUGAAUGUGCAUCCUUCUCAAGUGCUUUAUCACUAAAUCAUAUGCGGCAUUUGAAAUGGUUGCGAGAGCUGGUUGUAGAGAAGUGCACUUCAGUAGAACAAGUAUUUGAUAAUUCUAAUGAAUGGGGUAUUAUGGGAUGUCUACAGGAACUGCAUUUGAUUGAUUUGCCUAGGUUGAGGCAUGUGUGGAACAAGGAUAAUUUGAGCUUAAAAGAGCUAAGAGUGUUGAAAGUCCAAAACUGCAGCAAAUUGACCCAUAUAUUUACAGUGUCCAUAGCUCUCUCUCUUGAAAACCUCUGGUAUUUGGAAGUAAAGAGAAGUUCUUUGGUGGAACAUAUCAUAACAACAGGAGACGAGGAACUAACUCUGGAAGAUAAGAUUAUAUUUCCUUCAUUAGAGACCAUCUCUCUCGAGUGUUUGCCAAGUUUGUUAAGUUUUUACUCUGCAAAUCAAGUUCUCGAGUGCCCAUCCUUGACAUACAUUGAUGUAACUGACUGUCCAAAUAUGAAUUUGUUUUCUUCAACAUUUUCAACUCAGCAAGAAUCAAGCAUAGUUGUUGAAGCAGACCGUGGAACACUUGGCAUGGAUAUUCUAUUUCCACCUAUUUUUGGUGGCAAGGUUGCAUUCCCAAACUUAGAAGAACUGAGAGUAGAAUGGAACGCAGUGAAAGAUAUAUGGUCUGGAAGAUUUGGAAUCCCAUUCUUGGGCAGACUAAAAGCCAUUCAGCUUACUUGUUUUCCUGGCGAACAACCAGUUUUGCUAUUUAACUUCCUUCAUACUCUCCGAGUUCUGGAGAUGCUUAUUCUUACAGAUGCUUCUUUGGAAGAAAUAACCAUUGGUGAAGUGGAAGCUGGCCACCAAAUUCUUGCACACUUAAGAUGGCUAAAGCUGUGGAAGCUGCCAAAUCUUAAGCACCUGAUAGAGCAAGAUUCGCGACUAGCCCUGGUUAUUGAACAUCUGGAAGUGCUUAAAGUAGUGGAAUGUGGUAGAUUGGAAGUUUUAAUUUCAUCCUCGGUAUCUUUUCAAUAUCUAACAGCUCUUGAAGUAUCAAAAUGUCAUGGUUUAAUAAAUCUGAUGACUCCGGCAACUGCAAGAAGUCUUGUGCAACUUGAAAGAAUGGUUAUAAAUGAAUGUGAAAUGAUACAAGAAAUAAUUUCUAGCGAAGCAGAUGGAGUAGAAGAUGAGAUCCAUUUGAGUCGGCUAAAAUAUUUUGAACUCAACAGUCUGCCACGCCUCACAAGCUUUUGCUCUGGUAGAUUUAACUUCAAUGUCUCAUCUUUAGAUGAAGUAAUCAUUAGAGAAUGUCCCAAAAUGGAGACAUUUGCUCAAGGAGUUGUAACUACAUCAAAAUUAUGGCGAGUUCAAACAGGAGAGUACGAAUAUGAAUGGGAAUGGGAGGGCAGCCUAAAUGACACCAUUCGAGCAUUGUCUAUGGAAAUGUUUAUUAGCUGAAAAAAGAAACUGGGAGGAAUAAGUUACUUUCAGAUGGUGAGGAACUAAGAAUAGUGAUAUCAAACCUCUAAAUCUUUCAAUAUAUACUCAACGGUUUUAGCAUGUUUAUCAAUUGAGAGAUGAGGCCAAAACACCACUGCUGCGGAGAUCUGGAAGAUUUUUACAGCUGAUCCCAUGUACAAUUCCUAUUGAUGCUUUCAUUUUGUACAUGCCAUUUCUGAUUAUCCUAUGUACCAGCCUGAUGGAGAUGUGGGUGAAACAAAAUCAAUGUAUUAGGAAGUGGUACUCGGCGGUGAUGUUUGGGACCUUCUUGAUGAAUCAAUGAUAUAUAUGGGCAAUCCUAUGCAAUACUAUGAAUGAAGGGUGAAAUUUGUUCGGGUAAUUGUUUACGCCUUUAGUAAAUAGAUGCAUGUUUCAUGCAGAUUGUUUGAUUUGAUAAUCUGGUAGCUCUUCUUUGGGAACACAAAAUACAUCGGGGUUUAUGCAUGACAAGGUGUUCUUCUCUCGAGACCUCCUGGAACGGGAAAGACCCUUUUUGCGUGGACACUUGCAAAGGAAAGUCGAUUGCCGUUUGUUUUUGCUUAUGGGGCAGAGUUUACGGAUAGUGAAAAAAGCAGUGCAGCAAGGAUAAAUGAAAUGUUUUCCAUUGCUAGAAUUAUGUAAGUGAUCACCAUUUUAAUUUGCAAGUGUAAUGAGUAUCUAUGGUUUUUUUUCUAAAAUUUCUCAAGGCUAAUGGCCAUAUAUCUUUCUUCUUUUGUUAUUUUAUAAUUUAUCCUACAAAUGCUGUUAAAUGAUCAGCUGUACUUCUUAUCUAGAAAGGUACAGAUGUAUGGCCAUUAGCUUUACUUCUUAUGACCGGAAUUGUCAUGACCGGUUUUGACCGGAUUACUAACUAGCUUUGUAUUCUUUUUUAUGGUUAGCGUAUAGGUUGAUUCUUUCACCUGUAAGCGUAAUUGCUAAAUUACGUAAAUCUCUUGUGCUAUCUGUUUAUUUUGCUGUA